GGGGACAUCGUGUAAAUGGGCACAUUCUAAACUUAACUUGUGCAUGUCCGGAAGCCCUUUAUAUGGAAGAAAAGCUCUGCAUCGUGGGCAAAAAAAAUUUAAAAAAAUCAACGCGAAUUUUUAAGCAACUUCACACUUAUACUUUAUUAUGCUAAAAUUCAAAAGCCACAUAACUAAAAAAUUUCCAAGGAUUCGGAUGAAAAAAAUUGAUAAUUACAAUUUUUUGCGAUUUGUGAAUUUUGUACAGCACAGCUGGGGCAAUCUAGUAAUCUAGUAGAAUUAGCGGAAGGGGGUGAAUUCGAUUUCAAGUUCGGCUUAUAAAAAGUGUUUUAAAGAUUGGAAAAAGCUCGGGAAUAUUUGCAUUGGUUGCCAUGCAGAUUAUUUUGAAGGGAAUCAGAAAAAUAUCAGUGAAUAAGUAAACAGCUUCUUGUUUCAUUCAUGAAUUCUGGUUGAUUUUUAAAUAAACCGCCACAUUUUUUUAUGAGAAAUAUGAAAUGAGUACCUUACAAAUUUAUGGAAAGAACUUUUUUCAGCUUGUCAAGUUUCUGCAAACGUAAAUAUGUAUCACCUACCACAUACGUACAUAUUAUUAUAAUUCCGUACAACACUUUUCCUACUGGCACACCUACAUGCGGUCACGUUUAAUAAAGUGUUUGAUAUUGCAAAUAAUCGCUCGAGUGAAAAAUAAACAAACAAAAUACCACACAUACAAACUCAUUAUAACUUUGGCACUGAAAGUUUCCUCUGCAUUGCAUUAAAGUUCAAAGAGUGUUAAAACCCACCAGUAUUUCGCCAAUCCUACAGUAGUGCAGCAUACACAGCGAAAAAGAAACCGACUAAAUACGAACAUGUCCACGCCCACAUUAGACGUACGCCCACUAACGCCGGUAUUGCAACAGAAGGCAAUCGUCGAAUUGAACGAGGUGCCCGAACGACUACCCGCGGACAUCGCUACGCUCAGAGAGUGGCUCCUAAAGCAGCCACACUUGAAGGCACGCACAAGUGAUCAAUUUCUCGUAAGCUUCUUGCGUGGCUGUAAGUUCAGUCUAGAGAAAGCGAAGCGAAAACUCGAUCAGUACUACACUUUGCGCACAGCGCUACCCGAAUUGCAUCAACACACAUUCGUGGAUGAUCAACGUUUGCGCGCCAUCAUACGUUUGGGUGUCACCCUCUAUCUGCCACUACCGCUUAUGGACGAUGGGCCAUGUAUGGUGUUGAUGCGACCUGGCAAGUACGAUCCAAAUGCAUUCAAUAUAACAGAUAUACUGCGCGCCAGCAUCAUAUUACAGGAUAUAUUUAUAAUAAACAAUGAUAAUGCCAUUGUUGGUGGUUUUAUGCAAAUCGGCGACUUUGAGGACUUCGGUUGGGCACAUUUUCUACAAAUGAGCCCAUCACUCAUGAAACGAUUCAGUUUGUACGCCGAAGAGGGUUUACCGAUACGCAUUAAAAAUUCACAUUUUUUCAAUACGGGUGCGGUCUUUGAAAAGCUGUUUGCCGUGUUAAAAUUAGUGAUGCCAAGCCAGAUGAUUGAAAGGUUUCACGUACACCCCACAUUUGAUUCCCUGUGCGAAGCCGUGCCAAUAAAGUACCUGCCAAAGGAUUAUGGUGGUGAAAAUUACAGCAUUGAGGAGAUUAUCGCAAGAAGUGAGCAAAAAAUUUUGGAGUAUCGUGAGUAUUUGUUGGAUGAAGAAAAUUAUGGUGUGGAUGAAAAGCUACGCCUAGGCGGUGCAACUAAUUUCGAGGCACUGUUCGGACAGGAAGGUUCAUUCAGAAAGCUGGACGUGGAUUGACGUGGAAUGAGACAAGCACGCACAGACACAUUUUGAAACUUAGUUAUCUUAGAAACCAAUUUACGCGUGUAGAAUCUCGAGAGUCUGAAAUAAAUUGAAUUGAAUAUAAGUUGUGUUCGAUACCACGCAAAUUUGUAAAAGUCAUUCCUAGUUUUUGCAAGCAGAUGUUCGUUAACGCCAAAAAAUUAUCCAUCAUCCAAGAAUUGAGAGCGCAAAUUCACAGUUGUAUGCAAGAGAGGCGUUGAUUUUGUGCUGGAGAGUUUUAGGCAGCAAAAAUUAUUUGAUUUAACUUUUCCUGAAUAAACUAAUACAUUUUUUGUGGAA